UCGAAGGCAGAAUAGUGUUUAAUUGCUCAUUCCUAUAAGAUAUCUAUGAAUAUCUUCCACGAAAACUUCUAUAAACAAUUACAUUGUCUAAUUUACCUGUUUUAAUAAAUACUAAUAAGAUUGCGAUAUGUCCUACAGUGGAGGUCAACCUGGUGGGUACAAUCCCUAUACACCACCGCCUGGUGCCUUUCCACCACAAAACGCCCAAGUCUCUCCCCAGGCUCAGCAGUGGUUUAACAUGGUCGAUCGCGAUCGUUCAGGAAAAAUAAAUUCCAAUGAACUAAAAGCAGCUUUAGUAAAUGGUCGUGGAGAAAACUUUUCAGAUAGUGCCUGCAAGUUAAUGAUUAGUAUGUUCGAUAAAGAUGCGAGCGGUACUAUUGAUAUAUACGAAUUCGAAAAACUUUAUGAAUACAUAAAUCAGUGGCUGAUGGUAUUUAAAACUUACGAUAGGGACGGAAGCGGCCACAUUGAUGAGAACGAAUUAACCCAAGCCUUUACCCAAAUGGGAUUCCGUUUCACACCAGAAUUUAUAAACUUUCUGGUUAAAAAGAGUGAUCCAAGAGAGCAUAAGGAAGUUUCCGUGGAUCAAUUUAUCGUCCUUUGUGUGCAAAUUCAGCGCUUUACUGAGGCUUUUCGACAGCGCGACUCGCAGCAAAACGGUAUUAUAACGAUUGGUUUUGAAGAUUUCCUUAGUAUCGCUAUUGGAUGCUCAUAUUGAUUUUAAACAAGUACAAAUCCUGUAAAACGUUUAAUGCAUAUUCCGGAAAUAUUUGUCAUUCCGUUUAUUAAAUGUGCCCUUCAUCAAAUGAAAAGUAAAAAUGUAUUUAUGUGUAACAAAGAAAAUUGUAAAUGUUUUUAAAUCAAUCAUUUUUAAUAUAUGUAUACUUGCAAAUGAUGAUGCGCUUAAAUUGAAAA